AUGGGACAAAGCACUUCCACGCCUCUGUCCCUAACCCUUGAUCAUUGGACUGAUGUCCACUCAAGGGCCCAGAAUCUUUCUUUUUCAGUAAAAUGCAGGACCUGGCAGACUCUCUGUACUUCAGAAUGGCCCACCCUCGGAGUCAGAUGGACCCCAGAAGGAUCCUUCUACUUCCCUCUAAUCCGAAAAGUCAGAGAUAUUGUCUUUCAGCCAGGGCCACGUGGCCACCCAGAUCAACAGCCAUAUAUCUUAACCUGGCAGGACCUCUGUGAAUCUCCUCCCACAUGGGUGAAGCCUUUCCUUGUCCCUGCCCCCACUCCGACCCCUUCCCCCACGAUCCUAUCACUCAAACCCUCUGCUCCUCCCCAUCCUCCCCCUCUUCCCUCCAUUCUCCCUGAGUCACAAGAUUUAACUUUACUGGACUCUCCUCCCCCUCCUUAUCCUCUACCCUCGCCUCCAGAGGACUUCCCCGCAGCAGCAGCAGCCCCUCCUCCCCUGGAGGAAGCUGGGCCAGCUAAAGGAACCCGCCAACGACGAAUAAUAGAAGCCCCUGUGAUGCUUCCUCUCCGUCCCUACGGGCCCAUGAUAGAUGAUGGCCAUGGAGGGGAAAUGCAAGCCUACCAAUACUGUCCUUUCUCCUCCUCAGAUCUAUAUAACUGGAAAAAUAACAAUCUCCCUUUUUCUGAGGACCCCACCCAACUCACAGGUUUAGUUGAGUCGCUGAUGUUUAUGCACCAGCCCACUUGGGAUGACUGCCAACAACUCCUGGGGACUCUCUUCACGACAGAGGAAUGAGAGAGAAUCCUCUUGGAAGCCAGAAAGAAUAUUCUCGGACCAGAUGGGCGACCAACCCAACUUCCCAACAUCAUUGAAGCUGGCUUCCCCUUAAACCGACCCAACUGGGACCCCAACACCUUUGAAGAGCCCACUUAUCGCCGGGCUCUAAUAGCGGGUUUCCAAGUGGCCGCCAGACGGCCGACUAAUUUGGCCAAGGUAAGAGAGAUUACCCAAGAGCCUAAUGAGUCUCCCUCUAUGUUUCUGGAGAGAAUUAUGGAAGCAUAUAGGAGAUAUACUCCUUUUGAUCCUCAGGCAGAGGACCAAAAGGCAUCUGUUGCAAUGGCCUUUAUCAGGCAGGCUGCCUUAGAUAUUAAGAGAAAGUUACAACGUCUAGAUGGAUUACAAGAUAUGACCUUAAGAGAUUUAGUCAGAGAAGCUGAGAAAGUAUAUUAUAAGAGAGAAACUGAGGAAGAGAGGAAACAGAGGAGAGAGAAGGAAAGGGAACAAAAGGAGGAUGAAAGGAGCAAAAGGCAGACUAAAGCAUUGGCUAUGGUCCUGGUCACAGCAGCAAAUAGGCCAGAAGUUAAAAAGCAGGGAGACAGGAAGGGAUACCUGGGCCCACACCAAAAGCUGCCCCUGGCCUCAGACCAAUGUGCCUACUGUAAAGAGAAAGGACACUGGGCCAAAGAGUGCCCCAAAAAGAAGCAGCCGCGCCAGCCUGCCGUGCUGACUCUAGAAGAGGACUAGGAAAGUCGGGGCUCGGAUCCCCUCCCCAAGCUCAGGGUAACAUUUGAAGUGGAGGGGACCCCAGUGAACUUUGAAGUGGAUACAGGAGCAGUAUACUCAGCCCUUAAGACCCCACUGGGCCCCCUAUCAAAUAAAAGGUCCCUAGUUCAAGGGGCUAAUGGCAGUAGAUAUCGGGCUUGGACAACUAAGAGGACUAUGGACCUAGGAAAGGGAAAAGUCCACCACUCUUUCCUAGUAAUCCCAGAAUGCCCGGCCCCAUUGAUGGGCAGGGAUCUGCUUACCAAACUCGGGGCUAGAAUAACCUUUAACCCUGAUGGUCCCCAAGUGGAGUUUCUAAAUCCUUCAGUAAAAACUCUUCUUAUCAUCUGA